AUGUGUACAUAUGCAUUGAUGUGUUUAUACUCGAACGACACCGUCAAUCCUCAGAUUGGAACAAAACGUUUGAUGACGCAAAUGGCGAUUAUGGAUGAAAAAAGGAACAAACCUGAUGAUGGAAAAUUUACAGUUCCGCUAGGAAUUUUGCCAGACUGUGUUGAAGUUCGUGACGGCGGUGCUGCUCGUUGUUUAAAAAUGAUGAGAAGAACACACAAAAAAUUAUUUCCGGGUCACAUAUUUCUAAUACGUCAUACUCAGAUACAAACAACUGAAACAUUCACAAAUAAUAAAGACAAAACGUCGUAUAGACGAACAUGUAUGUGGAUAUCUAUUGAAAUUUGA